AUGGAAAAAGAGCUUUGAAGAACAGAGCAAAAUAUUAAAGAAGAUGAUUGGGAAAUAUUGAAUGAUAAUGAGCAGAAUGAAUGCACUAAAAGCAGCAAUGAUUGAAAGCAGCAAGAGCAGUAUUGAAGAUCACAACAAAAUUCAUGAAAUCAAAAACUAAAAGAUUAUAAAGAGCAAGAAAACUAUUGACUGUCUCAAGCUUCCUACUGGAGCCAAUUCAGUAAUUCCAAGCCUUAA